UCACCAUGCCAACAUCCGAAAUAUAUAUAUAAUAUAAGGAUUGAACAAGUCAAAAAAAUUGGUGGACUUUGUGGGGGCACACAAUGCGAGGGAGAAUCAAUAAAAAGGAUGCUUUAUUUAGGCCGUCAGCAGAGGUGAUUUUUCGGAGGGGCCAGGCGUCGGUGACAGUGUCUUCAAGCCAGAAGAUGGCGCUGCAGCUACUGAUGUUCCUGCUGAUGCCUUACCUGUCCUCUGCUUCCAUCUCUUGUUAUGGGGAUAAUGGCCAACCAGUAGACUGGUUCAUUGUGUACAAGCUUCCCCAUCUGGAUCGCAGCGCUGAGGCUGGAAUGAAGUACAUGUACCAGGAUGGUAACAGUGAAGGCUGGAAGGCAGGGGUGUCACUGAUGAACAGCACAGACAGCGCAGUAGGACGGACCGUCAGUCAGCUUUACAAGUUCUCACAGUCCCAGAAUGUGGCGUAUAUACUGUAUAACGAUCAGCCGCCUCACGACACAAGCAAUGAAGUGCGUGGCCACACCAAAGGUGUGAUUCUUCUGGACAAAGAAAGUGGAUUCUGGCUGGUACACAGCACCCCCGGUUUUCCCCCAUCUGCUUCUUCCCAGUACGACUGGCCCAGCAGUGCACAUCACUAUGGUCAAACCUUCAUCUGUGUCACUUACCCAUACCUGCAGUUCAAAGAAGUCGGAACGCAACUCCUGUACAACACCAUCACUCCAUAUGAUUCCUCUGUUCCUGACUGCUUCAGUGUGGAUCUACCUGACCUAAAGAAUGCAGCAACGAAGGCGGAAGUGAAGUCACCACCCUGGAACCGGCAAGUCACCCUCACUUCUGCAGGAGGCAAAAAAUUUGUGAGUUUUGCCAAGCAUGCCAGAUUUGGAGACGACCUGUACUCCGGCUGGGUGUCAGAGGCUUUGAAGUCCGAUCUGUGUGUUCAGUUUUGGUUAAAUUCCAGGGGAAUCCUCCAAUCGAAUUGCUCCCUGGCGUAUCACACAUUUAACGCCCUGAAUAUCUCCUUUGACCCCAAUGUCGCGUUCUCCUCACAUAAAGACCACUCCAAGUGGUGUGUAACCUGGUCGGACGGUCCUGGCUGGGCAUGCAUUGGCGAUAUGAACCGGGACAAGGAGGAGAUGCAGAGAGGAGGGGGCACCGUGUGUCUCCAGGACACCACCGUAUGGAAGUCCUUCAAAACCCUGGUGACGGAUUAUAGCAAAUGUCAGGGGAGCCGAGGAAAGAUAGGUUAACAUUCAUCCUCUGUAUAUACAGAUAAAAGCUUGGACAGGAAUGAGGAAGAGGAUUCUGGGAA